AUGUCUUUUCAAUAUUCACAUAUCCCCCCUCCCUCCAGGCUCCAGACAACUCAAAGAGCAGGACUGUCUUCUCAGAAACUAGACUCCUUGUCUGCUCCAACAACCCCCCUACCCUACCUCUACCCUCCCUUCCAUCCUCCAAUUCCCGCCCGACCGCCCCGGGACGAAUCCUUCAGCGAUCCAUCCUCCACCCUACCUCGACCAGUCACCACGCCCUCCCCCCUUGCCACUCUUCUCAGAGAUCUGCAAGUCUAG